UUCAAAUUUCAACGAGUGGUGCUCGAUUUGUGCGGAUACUUACAUCGCGAUUCCGUGCGUUCUUCUAUAUCAAUACAUACUGGAUUAGCACCAAGACGUUGCUUUGAAAACCUCCGCGGUUUAUUCUGGAUAAUAAUUUGUAUAUUAUGUGUAAUCAUCGACGAAUGCACGUUUUGUGAAAAGUGGAAUUUUCAGAACAAGUUCUUGGAAAUUGUUAUAUGGAAGUGUCGACUACUCGAUAACAUAUGACAAGGUUUAUUAGUGCGCUUGUGAACCCUAGGUAUUAAUGGGUACAUCGUACAUGUGUUGAGAAUUUUUGUGUCUGGUAUACUACAAGAAGAAGCUAGUAGAUGGUGUUAAUGGUGAUGGAUUGUUCCCAAAGGAGGGAUAGUGAAAUGCUUUGUUGAAUAAUUAAAGAAUUUAGAUGUGGACUUUGGAUGGAAAAUUGACUUUUAUAUAAGUACCCUGGGAAUAUAUUUGCAUGGGCGAUUCUUUAUUCCCUGAUUGUCAUGGACGAUCCUGAACAUAUCCGAACAAACUGCACAAUGGAACAUGUGCCAACAAGUGACAGUAGUUUUCAACAUGCAUUAAUCGUUAAGCGAUUUGUUUGAUUCAAACGAUACGAAAUUAACCGGUGAGUAUGGAAAUAUAUGCGGAGCACCGUGUCCUUGGAUUAGCUGUGAUAUUAAUGUCAGUCGUCGUCGGCGUUUCGGCAACCGCUGACAACAGCAAAGCCGGUGUACUGCCAAUCGCCAGGUGCCGCGCAAAAUGCAUUUCCGAGUACUUGAAAGGUCACGUGAGUGAUGAAGCCUGUCAGAAGAUACGCCAUUGUGUCUCGUGUUGGAAUCUCUGUGAGCAGAUAUUUAGCGAUGAAGAGGUAUGGCGGGACACGUGCAAGAACCUCAAGAUAUGUACCCAUGGGUGCCAAACAGCAUGCGAUUUCAGAACAAAAUUUCCAGCACAAACAGACACGGAUCAGUGGAUUUUCCCAGAAAUCCCCGCGGUGACCACAGAGGCGUCCAAACGGGAGGCUUACGUCGCGUGGAGCCAGCCAAUCAAAGCGCGCGGUUUAACCGACCACGAGUCACGCGACAUAUUGCCCUUGAUCUAUGUAUUGUCGUCAAGGGAAAACGAAGCGUCCACGACCGCAAGACCAUGGAAAGUAAACCUUCAGACCAGCUCCACUGGCGUCGUCCUCGACCUCUUCGCCUUACCCCAUGACCCCGAGUUCUGGCUUCUCGCCGUUGGCGUGUACGGGACCGUCGCGACCGUCCGCUUCAAUUCCACCAUAUCAGAGAAUGUGCCUUGGGAGAAAGGGGUUAUCAAGAAGUCAGAUUCUCUCACCGGAAGUGGGAAGGGGUCUUGGACUCUGCUGAAGUCCUCCACUAUACCCGUACUAUUCAAUAUGUCAAUCGUCGACGGGCGGCUUCAUCCGCGCAUUUCCUGGAAACAUCCGGUGGUGGGUCAUCCAAACCGGAAAUUGGAAUACCAGGUGCACGUUCUGCAGACGUUUUGGAAGUCUGACGAUGACAUGCCUAGGCAUUGGGCGCGUUUUGUCACCGCAUAUCCGCACGAGCAGCCGGAAUUGAACCUCACGGGGAUAGUGUACAACGCUCAUUACUACGUGCAACUGGAGCUCGUUUCCAACAGAUCAUGGAUGGGGGAGCUCAACUUUACCACCCCUAAGUGCGAAGACGUAGACUUGGUGGAGCCGGAAGUGUGUGAGUCCGACGACGUUAACAGGCCGAUCGUCGUCGUCACCCAGGGGCCGAUUCCUUCGCCGAGAACAACGAAGGAAAAUAUUGGGACCGGAGAAAAGGAGGUGUUUGAUGUUGACAAUAAAUCGGAUCACAAUUUUCACUACGGCAGUGACGUUGAUGACUCCGGUCUAGACUGGAACCUGACCGUCACGAGUCGCGAGUUCGACCCCGCCAGCGGACAGGUCGUUGUCACAUUGAAGUGGCUGGCAAUAUUCAACCACUCCAAGGUCAUCUACAACGUGCACUGGACCAACAGGAUCCACACGGUACACGUGGAUGGCGGUCAAAACGUGGUAAACACUUCCGACACGUGGUACCAGCUACGCUUGCGUGCAAACAGCGAGUAUGACGUUUAUGUGUCUGCAACCUACUCGGACCGACGCGACCCAGUGCUCAGUAGCCCCGUCAGCGUGUCAACCAUGGCAACGGAAAACAUGCCUCACGUGUCGCUGCAACAUGCAUCUGUGGCAGAUAGCGAGAAGGAGAUUCUGAACGGCAUCAUCCUCGGCGUCACGGUCGUCUCCAGCCUCAUGAUGGUCGGCAUUAUCGUCCUGUUCGUCUACAAGAAGCGACAGAGCUUCCGGGACAUCAUGCUCACCAAGACCGCCGUCGCGAAGAGCAACAGCUACAAGUCGAAUGUCGGAUGUAAGGUCGAUUACUCGAACCAGUUCGUGUUCAGCAGCGAUGAUUGGGAGAUCGACUGCUCCCAGCUUAAGUUUGCCAGUCAUAUCGGCCAAGGCGCAUUUGGCAAAGUGGUCACGGGCUACUACCAGGACGAAAAGGUCGCAAUCAAACUUAUACGAGACUGUGCGCCGAUAUCGUACAAAGAAGAUCUUUUGGCGGAAAUAAACUUAAUGAAGAGAAUUGGUUCCCAUCCCAAUAUUGUUUCAAUGAUUGGCGCCUGCACCAGAGCGGAACCAAUCUGCCUCGUUAUGGAGUACAUUCCAUACGGGAAUCUUCAAAACUUUUUAAAAAAAUGUCGGCUAGAGGGCGAGCUCUCCGUGCAGCCUGGGCGGUCCAGUGAACUGAAUUAUGCCCUGGUGGACGAGCUUGGGGACAUCAACAACGGGGUGAUCACGCCGGCUGACUUGCUGUCGUUCGCGCGGCAGGUCGCAAUGGCAAUGGAGUACCUUUGCGACAAAAAGUACGUGCACCGUGACCUGGCCGCGCGCAACGUGCUGCUUGGCUACAACAAGAUCAUCAAGGUGUGCGACUUCGGUUUGUCACGUGACAUCUUCACGGACAAUCAGUACAAGAAACUUACCAAUGGCAAGCUGCCCCUAAAGUGGAUGGCCAUCGAAUCGCUACGGGACCGCGUGUUCACCACGCAGAGCGACGUUUGGUCGUUCGGGAUCCUUCUGUGGGAAAUCGUUACCAUGGGCGCCUCGCCCUACCCGAACAUCGCCUUGGCGGACCUGUAUUACCUGCUUUCCAACAACUACCGGAUGGAUAAACCCAGCAACUGCUCCGACGAACUGUACAUUAUCAUGAGGCAGUGCUGGUUAGAGACGCCCACGGAGCGACCGAAUUUCACCGACCUCCGCGUUCAGCUGGAACUACUUUUGACACGUGAUCGGAACUACUUGGAACUUGACAAUAUCAAUGUGCCGCUCUCCACGCCAGAGAGUUCCAGCGGAAGUCCGGUGUCAGACGAGACCAAAUCGCUGCUCGCUGCGCAGGCGCUGCAGCAGGGGCGGAAGUUGUCAAAAGAUGAAAUCAUAGUAAACAUGAGCGUUCAUGACAAAUCCGUCGAGAAGUUGCUUAAACGCAAAGGUGACCUUGAAACACAUACUAUUACAAUAUUGUGAAUAGUCAAACAUAAAAAAGAUUUUGUGAAUAUUCAAACAGGAAGUGACGUCAUAGCAAAAUAUAAAGAUGUAGAUUUUCGUGAUAUUACACAUAUCCUCGAUAAAGAAGAAGUACCGGUAACGUACAAGAGAUGGUGCAAGAAACACGGGCAGAACAUAUUAUGUACAUGACCGUAACUUGACCACAACUGCUAUGCGACGAAUAACGGUUGUACAUUGCCAUAGUUACUGACAAAAACCCGAACAACAUAAAUGUAGGGCAUGUUAUUUCAUACUCUCGCCAUAUCGUGAUGACUAAAUAAGGCAUUUCUUGUGAAUUACACAAGGGUGGUAAUUUUCACCGAUGAAGGUUUAAAUUUGAAAAUAUGUUUCGGGGAGUGUAUGGAAAACUUACAGUUUAUAUGUGGAAACCAUGUACAUAAAUCAUUCAUAGCAGAAAUGAGGCGUUCCUAACAGUUAGUUUUUGUGACUUGUAAUUGUGUGUUUAAUGAAAAUAAUACAUUGUGUAGGCAUUUAAACGGAGAUAUGUUAAAAAAGAUAUUUACAAAGUUUCUGUAAAAUUAGGCAAAAUGACCGUUGUAAAAUUGCUCUUUUAAAUAAAUUAAAUUUGUAACCAAUGUUAUAAUCGAAGUAACUGUAAGUAUAAUUAUAGCAUUAUAGUUAUGUAUCAGUCAAUCAACAAUUCUUUGUCGAUGCGUGGUUAUAUUACAAGAAAUGUUUAUGACCAUGUGCAUCAAAACCAACCUCGAAUCGUUGUAAAUGAUCGACCAAAAAUAUCUAAAUCUAAAUUUCAUUAAUAAAUAAUAAAAUAACACUGGAAAACGUACAAAUGUUUAUUAAGUAUUUCAAUGUUGCAAUAGUUAAAAAUUUGUUGCGCGUUAAAUUAUUUGUCCACCCAUCUCUAGCAUGUUCGAUAUAUUUUGUUUUUAAGUUUUUAAACCAUUGAAUACACAAAACACAACACCAUCAAUUAAGAUAGAUUGGGCGUGAUUAAAUAAUGUCUAUGAGUGUAUGUAUGUUACGGGUAUGUAUUUAAAUGGAAUUUUGUUAGGAAUAUGUAAAUAAUUUCAAAUAAUCAUGUUGUUUGUAAAUAGUGUUGUUUUCUUCUUUCGGAAGAUUUGAAUUAUUUCCAAAUGUGUUUUCACUAAUGUACAAGGAGUAGUAAACCCAUCUCCUUUAUACCGCGUAGGAUGUGUCAGGUUGAUUCUUUUUAAACAAUUUAUAUAGCUUUUAAAUUAAAAAAAAAGAAGAUGGCAUUGUUGCCAAAAUAUGAAAUUGUUAUUGUUAAAGUAUGGUAAAAUAUACCUUUUGAGUAAUUAUUUUCAAAUUAUUUAAGUAAUAAUUCCGUCAUGGUCUACAAUCAAUGUUGUGAAGAUUGCUUAUUAUUAGUAUUACACGGGAUUUAAUAACUUUCUUAUGUAUGUUAAAAAUAUAUAUUAUAAAGUAUUUACUCGCAGUAUUGGAUCCGUUUAACAAAUAUUGCAUACAGAAAUACGUUGACUUGAAUCAAACGUAUUUAUUAUGAUAGCUAUCUAUGUAAUUAUGCUUCAUGUACAUAGGAUCAUUUAUUCAAUCCUUGUUAUAAUUGAUAUAAUUUGUUAGUAUUAUUGUUGAUUUGUGUCUUGUUCUGAGAAAACUGGGCAUAAUGCAUGUGCGUAAAGUGUCGUCCCAGAUUAGCCUGUGCAGUCCGCACAGGCUAAUCAGGGACGACACUUUCCGCUUUAAUGGUAUUUUUCGUUUAAAGGAAGUCCCUUUUUACCGAAAAUCUAGUUUAAGCAGAAAGUGUCGUCCCUGAUAAGCCUGUGCGGACUGCACAGGCUUAUCUGGGACGACACUUUACGCACAUGCCUUUAGCCCAGUUUUCUCAGAACACGACUCAUUUGUUAUAAAACUGCGUUAUCCUAUGUUUAACUACUAGUACCAGACAUUACAGUUUUACCAGGUCUGAAAUUUAUUAUACCGCAUCUAACAUUAAUAUAUCAGACUUAUAGCGAGAUUAUACGAUUUUGUCAAAUAUUUAUUAAGUUAUAUAAAAUGUGUAAACAACUUAUUAAACAUAUAUUUCAACAUAAAUUAAAUAUAAAAGUUAAGAAGUACAUGUGUCGAAAAAUGCGAAAUAAGCCAGAUAUUUAACUCUGAAAUCGAAAAUGACUGUACUGUCGAAUUCGCCAGCAUGUAAAUCAUGCAUGUACGAUGUGAAUCUAAAUUUAGUUUAACGGUUCAUUUUAAGUUCCUGCAUCGAUAUAUAUUCAUACGACACACGCACACGAACUAAAAAGACGAAUGCAACGUUUAUUGUAGGAAAAUAUGUACGAAAUAUCUUCGUCACAGUCGGCUCGGGGCGCUUAUUUGUCUUUGCUGCAUUUUAUGAAAUUCAUCUUCAAUGUAUUAUUUUUCUUGCCUAUUUUGUGCUAUUGUAAAAUAUUUUAUCAAUUUAUUACAAUUUAUCACAUAAAAAAUUCGUAUAAUCUCGCUUUAAUAUUUCUUAACCAGACCUAAUAUUUCUCGUACCAGAGCUAACAUUUAUUGUACCAGGCCCAAAAUGUAUUUUUCCAUACCUAACAUUUCUGCACCAAACCUAGCAUUUUUGUACCAGACCUUCCAUUGUUUUGUACAAGGCCUACAUUUUCUUGUACCAGACAUAACAUUUCGUGUACCAGACCGAACAUUUCUUGUACCUGACACACUGUUACAUGUACCAAACAUGACAUUUUUUGUAUCAGACCAAACGUUACUUGUACAGGAACGCACAUAAAGUACUCGAACCAAAUCACGUGAUUGAAACUUUAAACAUUUAAACUUACGCCUUUUGUUCAUUUAAUCCAGAUUGUUGUGGCGUUCAUAUCUUUUAAGGACCAAACAAACGAUGGAUCAAUGACCUGUGUUGGUCUGUUUCUCAUCAUAUUACAUGUAUCUCUUACGUUUUCUGAAUCAAGAUAUUUAAAAUUCAUUUAAGAUAUCAUGUUAUGCAAUUCCUCUGAAUGAAUAACAAUAUCACAGACAUGGAUGGACGUGUUCAUGAAUUAACGCUACAUAUUUCGCUAUUCGGUUUGUCUUGUAUUAAAACAAAUGUCCAUCCGAAUGCAACGUGGAUCUGAAAGCAUGGUUAAUUUAUCACAAGUUAUUGCCAAUGGUUGCAUAAAGGAUAAGGACAAAU